CUUCUUUGCAAUGCUGCCUGAUGCAGGAAUUCAUUUCUUUCAGAGCCUGCCGCCCUCUGCCUUCCUCAUCUCCCUCUCUUUUCUCCCACGGCCCAGCUGCCCCUCCUUUCCUCCAUCCCCCUCUCCUCUCCUCUCCUCUCCGCUCCCCUUUAUUUCCACUCCCCACCCGCGGAGCUUGGCUCUCCUCCCUUCCUCUCUCUCCCUCUCUCUCCCCCUCGACUUGUCUGUAUUUGGAGCUCCCGGAAGCCGCCGGCCACUCUCCCCAGGAGCGGCGUGACUGACACCGACUCCUACUCAGGGGGGAGGAGGAGGGGAGGAGGGCAGGCGGGAGGAGGGCGCGAGGGGCCGAGCAACGGAUCGGCAUCGCCCAGCACCAGACCGCAGGACCCCCAAGCAGGAUGGCAGAGAUGCAGGGGCUUAUGGAAAGACUGGAGCAGGCUGUUGGUCGACUGGAGUUGCUGUCUGCAGGGUUACACCGGCCUCCUGGGGACUGUGGGGAAAUUAAUGGUGUCAGCGGAGGUAUGGCACCCUCGGUGGAGGCCUUUGAUAAGCUGAUGAACAGCAUGGUGGCUGAGUUUUUAAAGAAGAGUAGGAUCCUGGCUGGUGACGUUGAGACUCACGCAGAGAUGGUGCAUAGUGCUUUCCAGGCCCAGCGAGCUUUCCUUCUGAUGGCCUCUCAGUACCAGCAACCCCACGAGAACGAUGUGGCUGCACUUCUGAAACCAAUAUCGGAAAAGAUUCAGGAGAUCCAAACUUUCAGAGAGAGAAACCGGGGGAGUAAAAUGUUUAAUCAUCUCUCGGCCGUCAGCGAAAGCAUCCCUGCCCUUGGGUGGAUAGCUGUGUCCCCCAAACCCGGUCCUUAUGUCAAGGAGAUGAAUGAUGCAGCCACCUUUUACACUAACAGGGUCUUAAAGGACUACAAACACAGUGAUUUACGCCAUGUGGAUUGGGUAAAGUCGUAUUUGAACAUAUGGAGUGAGCUUCAAGCCUACAUCAAGGAACACCACACUACAGGCCUUACUUGGAGCAAAACAGGUCCAGUAGCAUCAACUGCAUCAGCGUUGUCUGUCCUCUCCCUUGGGCCUGGCCUUCCUCCACCACCACCUCCUCCAGGGCCACCUCCACUUUUUGAGAGUGAGGGCAGAAGAGAGGAGUCCUCUCCUUCACGCUCAGCUUUAUUUGCACAGCUUAACCAAGGGGAAGCAAUUACAAAAGGGCUCCGGCAUGUUACAGAUGACCAGAAGACAUACAAGAAUCCCAGCCUCCGGGCUCACGGAGGACAAACUCCAUCUCCUACCAAAAGCCACACUCCAGGCCCCAAGUCUCCCCAGUCUCAUCCUCCUAAGAAACAUGCUCCUGUGUUAGAGUUGGAAGGGAAGAAAUGGAGAGUGGAAUACCAAGAGGACAGGAAUGACCUUGUGAUUUCAGAGACUGAACUGAGACAGGUGGCUUACAUUUUCAAAUGCAGCAAGUCUACUCUACAGAUAAAAGGGAAAAUAAAUUCCAUUACAAUUGACAACUGUAAGAAGUUUGGCCUUGUGUUUGACAAUGUGGUGGGCAUUGUGGAAGUGAUCAACUCCAAGGACAUUCAGAUGCAGGUGAUGGGGAAAGUGCCAACAAUUUCCAUUAAUAAGACAGAAGGCUGCCACAUAUACCUCAGUGAAGAUGCAUUAGACUGUGAGAUUGUGAGUGCCAAGUCAUCUGAAAUGAAUAUACUUAUCCCUCGGGAUGGUGAUUAUAGAGAAUUUCCCGUUCCUGAACAGUUCAAGACAGCAUGGGAUGGAUCCAAGUUGGUCACUGAACCUGCAGAAAUUAUGGUUUCUGAGAGACCACCGAACCCCCUGACCUGAAUCCCCCCCAUCAAAAAAACAAACAAAUAAAAGCAGCAUUAAAGACCUAGAAGUUGCAGUAGCACCUACUGCUUUAGCUUUGGCCUCCAACAAUUCUGUGCUAUAGAAACAGCAUAAUUUCUGGCACGCCUUCGUGGGCAUUUUGGAAUAUUUAACGUUUCUUCAUGAUUUGCCUUUGUGUGUGAUUUGAGUUCCACAUGAUGACUUGUGAGCAUUAUACAUUUAAAGGAAGAAAAAGAGAAUUCUGUUCCCCUCAUAUCAUUAUCACAGUAGUUAAGAGGUAAAAAUACUGCAUGACUCACUUUUACACUUAUGUUUAAUUGCUAGUUGAAAAAUAAAACCUUUGAGAAUCUAA